AUGCUUGCAUUCAUUCUCUUACAAGGGGUUUUGACGUCCCACGCCUCGGUGACAUCCGAGAUCAACACCGCGCGUCUCGCAGGUUCCAGCCGGGCGUUUGGCUCCGGGAGAUCCGCAGGUUUACAGCCGUCUGAUGCAACGGAGGCAAAGUCCAGACCCAAGCGCUGUACCUGCUAUUCUUACAAGGAUAAAGAGUGCGUCUACUACUGCCAUUUGGAUAUCAUCUGGAUCAACACUCCCGAACACACCGUUCCCUAUGGAAUGUCAAGCUACAGAGGAGCUCAGCGGAUCAGACGUUCUGUCAGUGGACAAGCAACUGACGGUGCAGAGGAAAAGACUCAGCGCUGCAUUUGUGCUGGUCUUGAUGAAGACCCUGAGUGCCAUGACUUUUGCCUGUCAAGCCCCCUGCAGACAGCGCCAAUCAGGAGUCUUCACAGAGUCCCUGGUCCUGGAUGA